UUUUAGUUUCCUGUAGUCGCAGUUGGUACUGACAUCGUAGUGGUUCUAGAAAAGAGGCUGCGGCCUUCGGAAGCCAAAUCAAGAUUUUUUUCAUAGUUCUUCAAUUUUUCUCAGUUUUAUCCCUCAAAAAUGACUCGUGGUAACCAGCGGGAAUUGGCUAGAGCUAAGAACCAAAAAAAACAACAAGAAAUGAAGAACAAAAAAAGUAACGAUGGGCUGAGCCUAGAACAACGAAAAUUUAGGGACGCGGAACUUAUGAGGGAGAAACAGAAAAAAAAGGAAGAUCAGAAGGGGCAAGCUCAAGCUUGUAAAUAAAAUGUCUUACAUACAGAUAUUUUUUAUUUUCUAACUUCAUUUAAAUGGAAUACGUCUACGAAAAUGUUCUCUUAAUACAUAUGGUAGUAAUAAUGAUUCCUUUAUUUACAUUGUGAAAUAUAUGUAAUAUAUUUGUAUGUUGACAUUUAUGCCAAUUUUACACUUUUAUGUAACAAUUUAUCUUAAAAU